AUGGCUUUCCAUACACAAGCUCUAACCCUAGUUCUAUCCCUCUUGAUUGUCUCCUUGUGCAAGCCCUCAUAUGGUGCAGGCAUUGCCAUUUACUGGGGACAAAAUGGCGGUGAAGGCAGCUUGGCUGAUACUUGUAACUCAGGAAACUAUCAAUUUGUGAACAUAGCUUUCCUAACCACUUUUGGCAAUGGACAAACUCCAGUGCUGAACCUAGCAGGCCAUUGUGAUCCUAAUGCCAAUACUUGCACUGGCUUAAGUACUGACAUUAAAGCUUGCCAAGGUAAAGGCAUCAAAGUGCUCCUUUCUAUUGGAGGUGCUUCAGGUUCCUACUCUCUUUCAUCCGCCGAUGAUGCAAGGCAAGUUGCAGAUUAUAUUUGGAAUAACUUCCUUGGUGGUCAGUCCAAUUCACGUCCGCUAGGUGACGCCGUCUUGGAUGGUGUUGAUUUUGAUAUUGAGGCUGGCUCAGGCCAGUUCUGGGAUGACCUUGCUAGGGAACUUAAAGGCCAACAAAGGAAGGUGAGCUUAGCUGCAGCUCCACAAUGUCCCUUCCCCGAUGCUCAUCUAGACACUGCAAUUAAAACCGGCCUAUUUGACUAUGUGUGGGUUCAAUUCUACAACAAUCCUCCAUGUCAAUACUCAGGCAAUGCAAACAAUUUACUAAGUGCAUGGAACCAAUGGACCACAGUUCAAGCGAAUCAAGUAUUCUUGGGACUACCUGCGGCUCCUGCUGCCGCCCCUAGUGGUGGAUUCAUCCCUGCUGAUGUCCUCACUUCUCAGGUUCUUCCAUCUAUCAAGACUUCACCCAAGUAUGGUGGUGUCAUGCUGUGGAGCAAGCAGUACGACAAUGGGUACAGUGCAGCUAUAAAGGGCAGUGUCUAA